AUGGCAACUUGUAAAUGUAAAGAGUACAAGGAGUUGUACGAAGAUGGACAAACUGAUGUCAAACUGCCAAGUGCGCCCCGAACUGACAAACCGCUUAAUGUUAUCUGGGAAGAGCCCGAAGAGCUUGUGACGGCGGAUGACGUUAGCUCGACAAUGUUCACUGAUAAAGUAAUAACAGCAAUAGAAGCACCAGAAGUAGAAGCACCAACUUUGCGUUCGGGUGUGGAUGACACCACACCCGAGCGUAAAACUCUGGUACUUAUCGGAAUGGACGGAAUGAAGGGCAGGGUGCGAAGGAUUCGUGACUGGUUCGAGAGGAAGCAUCGCCUUCGAUUUAGUCAAACACAGAUGGAUGAAGACGAUGAAAGAGUGGAAAUCCUUGAGACAUGA